AUGAUUAUCCAAUCGCAGAACGUGAUGGAUUUGUUACAAAAGCUACUCAGACCGGUUUCUAUUGACUGUGUCUCCUUCCAGUCAAAGCCCCUACAGAGCGCUGCAUUAUUAUCAAAAUUGAAUGGUUCGGUCCUUUCAUUCUCAACUUCAGCUCCUACAACUGAGAUACAUUCAAUAAAUAAUCUAAAGAUGAUGAGCUUACUUAUUAGAGACAAAUGGGCAGAGGAUGAGCUGGUGAAACAGGAACAAGUUGACACAACGAAUGGACAUGCAACAUGGCCCCCUUCAAAUAUAAAGAACUGCUACCAAUAUGAAACACCUUCAACGGAAGGAGGAGAACCACUGACGACGAAUAUCUAUACUUACGAAAUCGAAGAAUUACAUGCAUGUGUUUGUCAACUGCCACGAAGUGAUCUGUUACUUCUUUUUAUUGCUGAGGCCUCAUUUCCCUUCGGCCUACUAGCUCUCAAAAUGCAGAAAGCUGUAACACCAUUUCAGGGCCUCCAUGGUUACCAACUCGGCUAA